CGCGGCGGCCCCGCAGCACCGCCCGCCCGCUGCCCUCCGCGCCGGCGGGCCGCCAGCGCAGGAUGGAGAUGCAGCCGCAGCCCUGAGUGGGGGCUGCUGACACCGUCUGUGACCUGCCUUUGCCCAGCCCAGCACCAUGAGUGGCUUUUUCUCACGGCUGGACCCGCGGCGGGUGCCCUGGGGGGCCGCGGGCCAUGCCCUGCGCACCCGCGUCCUGCGCACCAAGCCCGUGGAGUCCAUGCUGGAGGGCACCGCGGGUGCAGCCACCCAGGGCGCCCGGCUGGCCAAGGUCCUCACCACCCUCGACCUCAUCUCCCUGGGCGUCGGGAGCUGCGUGGGCACUGGCAUGUACGUGGUGUCCGGCCUGGUGGCCAAGGAGAUGGCGGGGCCCGGGGUCAUCGUGUCCUUCAUCAUCGCUGCUGUUGCUUCCAUCUUGUCCGGCGUUUGCUACGCUGAGUUUGGCGUGCGGGUGCCCAAGACCACAGGCUCUGCCUACACCUACAGCUACGUGACCGUGGGGGAGUUUGUGGCCUUCUUCAUCGGCUGGAACCUCAUCCUGGAGUACCUGAUCGGGACGGCCGCGGGCGCCAGUGCCCUCAGCAGCAUGUUUGACUCGCUGGCCAACCACACCAUCAGCCGCUGGAUGAUCAACAGCGUCGGCACGCUGAACGGCCUGGGCAAAGGAGAGGAGUCGUACCCUGACCUUCUUGCUCUGGUCAUUGCUGUCAUUGUCACCAUCAUUGUGGCCAUGGGGGUGAAGAACUCGGUGGGACUGAACAACGUGCUCAAUGUCAUUAACUUGGCAGUUUGGAUCUUCAUCAUGAUUGCUGGUCUGUUCUACAUCAAAAGCGACAACUGGGCUGAAGGGCAAUUCCUGCCAUUCGGAUGGCCAGGGGUGCUCAAAGGGGCUGCGACCUGUUUCUAUGCCUUCAUUGGCUUCGACAUCAUUGCUACCACGGGAGAAGAGGCGAAGAAUCCCAACACCUCCAUCCCCUACGCCAUCACAGCCUCGCUCGUUACGUGCUUGACAGCUUAUGUGUCUGUGAGCAUGAUCCUCACACUGAUGGUGCCCUAUGAUGCCAUCGACACCGAGUCCCCGCUGAUGGAAAUGUUUGUGGUCCACGGCUUCUAUGCAGCCAAAUUCAUCAUUGCCAUCGGGUCCGUGGCCGGCCUGACUGUCAGCUUGCUGGGCUCCCUCUUCCCAAUGCCCAGAGUCAUCUAUGCCAUGGCUGGUGAUGGGCUGCUCUUCAGGUUUUUGUCCCACGUCAGUUCUUACACGGAAACCCCUGUCGUGGCUUGUAUCGUGUCCGGGUUCCUUGCAGCUCUGCUGUCCUUGCUGGUCAGCCUGCGGGACCUGAUCGAAAUGAUGUCCAUUGGCACCCUGCUUGCCUACACCCUGGUGUCCGUCUGCGUCCUGCUCCUCCGGUACCAGCCCGAGAGCGACAUCGACGGCUUUGUCAAAUUCCUCUCUGAGGAGCACACCAAGAAGAAGGAGGGCAUCCUGGCCGACUGUGAGAAGGAAGCUUGCUCCCCCGGGAGCGAAGGAGAGGAGUUCUCUGGCCCACCGACCAACACUUGUGGUGCAAAAAAUCUGCCGUCGCUAGGAGAUAAUGAGAUGUUAAUUGGGAAAUCUGAUAAAUCCGCCUACAACGUGAAUCACCCCAAUUAUGGCACUGUCGACAUGACCUCGGGGAUAGAGGCAGAUGAGUCUGAGAACAUCUAUCUCAUCAAGCUGAAGAAGCUGAUCGGCCCUCGAUACUACACGAUGCGGAUCCACCUCGGGCUGCCGGGUAAAAUGGAUCGUCCGACGGUGGCCACCGGCCACACGGUCACCACCUGCGUGCUCCUGCUCUUCGUCCUGAUGUUCAUCUUCUGCUCCUUCAUCAUUUUUGGGUCAGACUACAUCUCCGAGCAGAGCUGGUGGGCUGUCCUCCUGGUGGUGCUGAUGAUCCUGCUCAUCGCCGUGCUGGUGUUUGUGAUCUUGCAGCAGCCAGAAAAUCCCAAGAAGCUGCCCUACAUGGCCCCGUGUCUGCCCUUCGUCCCUGCCUUCGCCAUGCUGGUGAAUAUCUAUCUCAUGCUGAAGCUCUCCACAGUCACGUGGAUCCGAUUUGCCGUCUGGUGUUUUGUGGGUCUGCUCAUCUACUUUGGCUAUGGCAUGUGGAACAGCACUCUGGAGAUCAGCGCCCGGGAGGAGGCCCUGCACCAGAGCACCUACCAGCGCUACGACGUGGACGUCGACCCCUUCUCCGUGGACGACGGCUUCUCCUUCGCCCCCGAGGGCGAGAGCUACCCAGCCUGGGGUCCCUCUGAGGACAAGGGCUUCUCGUACCAGCAAAUGGCGGGGGCCAAGGAAAGCCAUCGGACAAGUAGCAGGUCGAAAAGCAAAGGCCGGCACAAACCGCCAUCGGAUGCUCUGAUCGCCAAUGACGAGUUGGACUACUCACCCGAGUAGCGGGACAGGCAGCAGGGCGCCGUGCCGCCCAGGCAAUGAGGAAGGGUCCCCGUGGCUCCCCUGUCCUGCCCCACCCUCCCCAGGUCCUCCACCACCACCCUGCUCACCUCCGGUCCUCAGGACACACUCUGCAAUUGCCGUUGACCCCGAACCAAAACCACCCAUGGCCCGUCCCCGCUCCACCAGUCGGGUCUCACUCUGGUGAAUGCUGGCUGAUCCCCCAGCACCAGCUGAUCUCCCAGCACCAGCUGCACCAGUGGAGGCAGUGGAGUGGGAGAUGUGCCAAACCAGGAGGGUGUUGAGAGGUGGAAGGAGACGCAGGAGGGGACAAGUCAAACUGUCCCUGGGGAAUGUCCACCCGGUGGCCUCAGCGGUGGGAUGCCACUCUAACAUUUUUGGCACUUUCUUGGCGUGUGUUUUUUUUUCCCCUUUGAACCACCUAGAAGUAAUAGCUGAGCCAGAGGCACAGACGGGUGGGUACGUACAGAAUGGAAAUGGACACACUCUUCCCGGGGAGUAGCUCAGAGAUGCAUACUUGGUUCCAUCACGGUGUUUCCAUGGCCCGUUCUGGCUCAGUGCACACAGCAGUGCUUCCCCCAUCCCAAGUCCAAGUCCAUCCCCACAUCCCAAGCCCAAAUACUGUGAUUCAAAAUUAGUCCAUGUCUCAGUCCAGCCUUUAAGUCCCAGCACGGCCUAACACCCCAAAUCUGCGUCUGGGAGCCUGAUCCCAUUUCUGGUCAUAGUGAAGGCUGUGACCCGCCCCUGGUUCAACCCUGCUUGUAUAAAUGGUCAACAAGGACCACACACUCUUCCUCUGAGCACCGCCAGUCUGAGGUUGGGCACUGCUUCCACCACUUUGUGUCUUUUACAAAAAUGACUGUCCUGUCAUUCCCUCACCGUACUGGGCACCUUCCAGUGCUCACUCUGCCCUCAGUGCUCCAGACACCCAUCCAUGCCCUCACAAAACAGCAGCAUCCGUGGGUCAGCCACGUCUUGGCGGGGCUGGGCCAUGGGUAGCAAGCGGAGAGGACUUGACGGCUGAAAUUUGUCUCUCUACUGCUGUCUGCACCUUGUACAGUAUUCUCUGGUUUUGACCUUGGCUUGGUGGGUGCUGUAUGAAAAACACUGAAAUGCUGCUCAUUCCUUAAGCGUCCAUAUUUCAGUCUGAAAUCAAACAGAGCUGGUGGCUCACAGGGCAGGGGUGGUCAGCAGGUGGAUGUUAAACCCCCUGAACAUGGCCACAGCCCCUAGAAGUGCCAUCAGAGUCCCUGCUGCCAGCAUCCCUACAGACCCAUCAGUCAGCAGUGUGGGGGUUUGGUCAGUGAUUAGCGGCAGGUGCAGUUGCGGAGCCCAUCAUGCUUAGUGUAAAACACUGUGGUGGAGGAAUGUCUUUUUGAAUAAAUAGGAACCAAAACCCGUAUCAGACAGCACCUCCCAUCCUCCCCCAGCUGCUAAAGGCUGCAGAUGUAUCCAUCCCAGGGGCUCCAGUGCAGCCCAGACCAACCCUAGUACCAUGGGCUGCUGCUGGCAUCCCAGGAGACAAUUAACAUCGGCAGGGGCAGGAUUUCUGAUAUGGAAAUAUCCUUGUGGAUACCAAGAACCAUUAACCAUUUGGUUCACUGGAUGAGGCAGGGGCCUCCAAAACACCUGGCACCCUCUUAGGACAAGCAGGUGCAAAGGGUGCCUGGACCGGUGCCCAUCCCCUUCACUCCUGGGACUCAAGGGCUUGAUGGAGACGCUCUGCCUGGGGCUGCAAGUUUCCCUGCAGCUCCUGUCCCAAACAGUGACAAACUACAAUCAUUUUCUCCGUGGAGAAGAGCAUCCAGUUCUGCAGAUCUUAACCUGGAUUGGUCUGGGCAAGCCAAGGGAAGUGGUGGGAGUGAGGAUUUAGCUAAAGGACCUGUAAGUUUUGCUCUGGCAUCGACUCCUGCUGUCCACCCCUACCAUGCUUCUACAAGCAGAAAUCCUGAGUGUGUCCCACCAAAAAGCUGUUGCCAUGUGCACCGCUCACGGGCCAGCUCGGGAAACCUCCGUGGCAGUGCUGAGCUCCUCUCGCGACGGUCACCGCUCACCCAUGCUUGGCUGCUCUCCUCCUCGAUGCCUUAGAAGUACCCAAGAGAGAUGGCACCUCGCAGGUCUGGCUUUAUGUUUUCAGGGAGAAAGAUUGAUGUUAUUUUCCUACCAGCUUUUGUACUAUACCGUAUCCAAGGUAGUCGUUUUCGUCCUGCUUCCGCACGGUUUUUGGGCAUCUGCUGAGCCACAGACUCAUGCCCAAGUACCCUGUUGAGUCGAAGCCCGUUCUUCUUGCAGCCUUAAUCUCUUGCUACGGGGCAGUUACCAGUACCAGUGUCUGUCGUCACGUCUGCUCUAGUUAUGCCGUAUAAUUCGACAAGGGCUUGACCCCUUGCUCUUUGGUGUCUGUAGGAACCUCUCCGUUGGAUCUGAGUCGCCUUUUGGCUGCCCCCAUUCCCUUUCAUCCAUUCUCCUUGCCCUUCCCAGGAAAGUGCUGGGGCAAGACAGCUGUGCCACAUCCUGGGACCACCAGGGAACAGCAUUUGGUGCCAUGGCACUGUCUGAGGUGGAUGGGCUGCCGUCAGCCCUCGCUGUGCUGGGGGUGGGAGCUGUACUCUCCUCCUGGGCCCACCACGUCCCACACAACAGAGGUGUUUAAGGAGAAGAUGGCCAAGCCACAGGCUGGGUCUUGCCUGGGUGUGCCUAUGGCCAAGGGCUGGUUUACAGGAUCCCUGCUCCCUGUUCCAGGUGGCAGUUCCUGGGAGAUGUGCAUGUUCAGCCUCUGGGAACUCAUGUGCUGUCUCUUGUAGCAGCAUUGGGCUCUUCAGUGGGCACAAGCAAAGGCUGCAAGGGCAAAAUGUCCAGGUGUGCCCAUCGCCUCUGGGCACUGCUGGCCAGGGUUUGAGAAGAGGUGUAGGUGUUUGUUUUGCUGUAACCCCAAAUCCAGCCUUUCCCUUGGGUGCCCUGAACCAUCAGGAAGACACGGCAGAGCAGUACCAUCCUGCUCCCACCCCUGGUGAGAGGCACAAAGCCCCUCCAUGCCUGCCUGCCCUCCCUGUGGCACAUGCCCUGGGGGGCCAAGUGCAUGGUACAGAUGGAGCAUAAAUACCUCAAACCUUCCAGGCCGACUCCGUAAGGUCUCAGCCCCUCCACGAAUUCACUCCACAUGGUCACAACCCCUCCAAGGCCCAGCACUCCGGCAUCCUCCACAUGGCAGCAAAAUCACACCCCAACAACAAGGGAUGUUGUAAAUCCAGCUUGUAAAUGACCUCCACUUCGUUUUGUUCAGUCUUUCUGAUGUAUAUCUUGCUUUUUUUUUUGCAGGUGGUACUUUCUGGUGUAACAAUUCUCUGCAGUUCUGGUAUGAAGUUGGUGUAUUUGUUAAAAGCAGUUUGUUCUAUCCAAAUUUUUUUUUGUGGUUUCCAGAAGCCCAUUGGUGCAUUGUACAAUGGGAUCUUGUAGUGUGUCAUGAGAAAGAAAAAAAAAAAUGCAGAUAUGUUAUGGAGUGAUUUUUAUUUUCAAAUGACUGUGUUGUUGACAACUAUACAUAUAAUACAUAUAUAUAAUCAAGAUACUAAGAAAAAAAAAUCUAAAUUUACCAAAAUCUGUAUAUUUUAAUAAAUGCAUAAAGCUUUAUUGUGUGCCUUUACAUUUAAAAAUCAAAGAGGAGCUGAGGGAUUUGUAAAGAAAGCCAGAGACAAAUGUGUCUUAGUAUUUGUUCCCAUAGUAAUGUAAAUCUUUUAAAUGAAAGACUAAACCAAAAAAUAAUACUAAUAAAAAACUCCCUUGUAAAUUUGGUUAAGCCAA